UUUGUUACUUCCCUUUAUUGUGCAACACUGAUCUUCUCCUCUGAAGCUGGGAAAUCAAACCAGAGCUCUUCAUACAUACAGGAGAAAAACAUUCAAUGUAACACUCUUCUUUAAGGCCGUCGUCUGAAUUUCCAACACUUUCUUGGAAGAUAAGAUGGCGUUUAUCUUCAUGUCUGCACAUGUAGUGCCGCAACUUGCUAUCAUGAUGUUGCUGGUGGCUUCCUCUGUGUCAGAUACAUGUGAUGGGUUCAGGGGUUUCCCUGGAAGACCAGGUAUUCCAGGAGUUCCUGGUACCGAUGGGAAGGAUGGCCCAAAAGGAGAAAAAGGAGAUCGAGGUGAAGAUGAAGUGCCAGUGAUUGGGCCAAAAGGGGACCCUGGAAUGCAUGGAUUCCCAGGCAGGCCUGGUCAGAAGGGGGACAAUGGACUGCAAGGGCCACCGGGACCAAUGGGACCGAAGGGAGAAAAGGGCGAUUUUACAGGUGUAGAUGAUCCAAGCCAGUAUUCCGUUUUCUCUAACAAAAAAAGUCCUAGGUCACAGAGAGUUCCUGCAGACACCGUAAUCGUCUUUGAUAUCCCUCUGGUCACCGGGUUAGAGGAAGAUUUGGAUAGUGAGGGUUACUUCAGUGUGAAAAUAGCUGGCAUGUAUUACAUCAGCUACCACAUUUCGUCCUCUCAGUCUGCCUGUCUAAAGAUUCAGGUAGGGGAUGAAGAGAAAGUCAGUUUCUGUGAUUCACCUGGUAUGAUAAUGGUAACUGCAGGAUCUGUGGUACUGCCACUGAAAACAGAUGAUAAAGUGUCAAUACAGGCCACUGCAGUAAGCUCUAUCUUCAGUAGAGACACUGACUGCACCUUUACAGGCUUCUUGCUCUUCCCAAUGAAUGUAUAAAGUGAUUUUGAACAGCCACACUGUUGUCUUUACUCUUCCUCGAAUCAUAUUUUGCAACCAUUGCUUGGGAAUAUUCAAUGUUACUGUUGAUUAAAACUGUAAACGUU